CAUAGAGAACAUCCAGCCUCUUCUCUGCUUUAUAAAAGACUCUUCUGCGAGGAAAAAUACCCUGACAUCGAUAUAACAGAAAGAUGGCGGAGCCUCGCUUUAAUAAUCCAUAUUUCUGGCCACCACCUCCCUCUAUGCCUGGUCAAUUGGAUAACCUGGUUCUUAUCGACAAAAUCAAAGAGCAACUGAUGGCAGAAAAGAUAAGACCUCCGCAUUUGCCGCCCACCACCGUCCCCUCUCAGCAGACCCUGCUGGUGGCCUCUCAACCGUCAGAUGCUGGACAGCAUGUCAUGUCCAUCCCCAAACUACAGCAGGUGCCCGGCCUUCAAGCCCACAAUUCUUCUCAGCCUGACAUCGCCCUGCACGCCCGUCCAGCAUCCAGCACCAUUGCAGAGCUGAGUAUAGAUGACAAGUCAACAGUGAAGGCAAAGGGAUUGUGGGAAGACUGGCAUAUGCGUCAAGCAGUGGAGCAAGCUUCCAGAACGAACCAUCGAUCAGGUCUAACGCUGUCGUCCCGCACAGACAGCCACAACACCUCUGAGGCCAUUACUCCCACUACUCCCACAUCUAGCAGCCAGAACCGUUUAGGUGGAGCGGCUUCUUUAAACACCAUAUCUGGCCUGGCCAGCGGUCCCGGGAUGGAGCACAUCAAAAGCGGCGGUCUGGUGGGGAUGCUGGGACCACAGCCCAAAGCUCCAAGGGGGCGCAAGAAGAUUAAGGCGGAGCACAACACGGGCCCCUUACUGGUGGUGCCGUACCCACUUCUGGCCUCGGGCCCUGACCAGGCAGUCACCAUUGCCAAAGAGGGAAAAACCUACAGGUGUAAAGUGUGUCCACGCACUUGCUUCAACAAGUCUGAGAUGCAGAUUCAUUCCAAGUCCCACACGGAGGCCAAACCUCACAAGUGCCCUCACUGUUCGAAGUCCUUCGCCAACGCCUCCUAUCUAGCACAGCACUUACGCAUUCACUUAGGCAUUAAGCCCUACCACUGCUCCUACUGUGAGAACUCUUUCCGGCAGUUAUCACACCUCCAGCAGCACACCAGGAUUCACACUGGGGACAGACCAUAUAAAUGCGCCCAACCUGGAUGUGAAAAAGCAUUCACACAACUCUCAAACCUACAGUCUCACCAGAGACAACAUAACAAAGACAAGCCAUACAAAUGUCCGAACUGCUACAGAGCUUACACAGACUCUGCCUCGCUACAGAUCCAUCUCUCCGCACACGCCAUCAAGAACGCUAAAUCAUACUGCUGCAGUAUGUGUGGUCGCGCAUACACCUCAGAGACCUACCUAAUGAAGCACAUGUCCAAGCACACUGUGGUGGAGCAUCUCGUCAGCCACCAUUCACCACAGAGAACUGAAUCUCCCAGCAUCCCCAUCCGCAUCUCACUCAUCUGAGCUUCCUCCCCCCGUGUUUCGCUUCCAUUCAAAGGUAUUUUGUUCACUGCGAUGGUCUUCC